AUGUCCAUUUUAUUGGGGCCGUUCGAUGAUGCUGGGCCUUCUGAAAAGCCUAAAGAAGAUGACCAACUGCUCGUGUUUGGUUAUGCCUGUAAAUUGUUCAGAGAUGAGAGCAAGGCUUUACUGGAGUCUUCUGGGCAACUACUCAUUCCGUGGAUGGGUGACAACUCCCUCAUGGUGGACAGGUAUGAUGCUCGGAAUAAGCUGGAGGACAAGAGUCUGUUUGGUGUCAAGUCCAACCUGCCCUACAAGAUGAGCUCCAAGGAGAGACAGCUAGAAGAGGAGUUGGAUAGAGAAAGAUACUUGGCCCUGCAGUGUGAUGACAUCAGAGUAGAGGAACAAGAAGAGGAAGAGAAAAGACGUGCCUCUGAGAACAGUUUGUACAGUGCCAUUGGCUUCUCCUAUAGCGAGCAACAGCCUGAGGAGCCCCCACCUAGACCCAAGAGCCCACCCCCUGUGGAGAGGGCAUGGCCUCCUCCGAGUGUGGAAGAAGGGGACGAGUUUGUGCUGCCCCCAGGACUGGUCGUGCCUGAGGGAAUGAUCCUGCCUGUUUCCAAGAAGCUCCACUCCAUUGUCCAGAAGACAGCCAUGUUUGUGUGUCAGCAAGGCAUGCAGAUGGAGAUUAUCAUCAAAACCAAGCAACAAUUGAAUCCUCUCUUCUCCUUCCUCAACAUGCAAGACCCCCUUCAUCCUUACUACACUCACUUGAAGACACUCCUAGCUAGAGGAUCUUAUGUGCCUUCUUCAGAAACAGCUGAAACUGAUAAACCACUCGAGACUGAAGCUAAAGAAGUGAAAAUAAACGACGAAAAAGAAGCUGGAAAAGAAAAUAAUUCGAGUGACAAUGUUGAUUCUGAAAAGAUCAGCGAAAGUCCAUCAGAUCAAGAUAGUGAUUCUGACUCAGAUGAUGAUGGGGGGUAUUUACAUCCCCUUCUCAUGCAAGCCCCGAAGUCUCGUUCCAAAUCCCCUACCCCCACCCCCAAGGAGGCCACACCCCCUCCCCAUCAGGACGUACCCACCCUGUCUGCCGUCACCUUCAGAGCUAAGACCAUGGUGGUCAAUGCUGCACCAGUACUGAGGGAGAAAACUGUACCUGUUGAAACACCUCCUGUGUCAAGUGUCCCAGCUACUACCAAUGGCAGCUGUUAUGGAAGCUAUGCGUACACUGGACCACCCACUCACUACAUUGACUCACGCCCACUCUAUCAAGAUGUUGGUGGCUACCCUCCGCCCCCUCCACAAGAGGCACACUACCCUCCGCCCCCUCCACACGAGGCACACUACCCACCACCUCCUCCACACGAGGCACACUACCCUCCUCCCCCUCCACACGAGGCACACUACCCACCUCCCCCUCCACACACCGCGGACGGAUAUGGCUAUCCUUACGACGCCUACUACACGGGCAGCUACCAACCACCCCCUCCUAGUGCCACUCCCCUUCCCCCGCCUGAUUUGCAGUCCAUAAUCGACAAAACUGCCGCUUAUGUGGCAAAGAAUGGCGACAGUUUCGAAGCCACUCUUAUCAAGAGACAUAUUGACGAUCCUCGAUUUGGUUUUCUGAACCCCUGGGGCGAACACUACACUUACUAUCGGCAACAAAGAUUGAAUUAUUCGUAUUAUCAAGUCCCGGAUCAUCUGGAGCAGGGCUACGGUGUGCUGCAUAACGUCGUGCCUGCUGAAAAACCAAGUGUACAGAAAUUGAACUCUUGUGGAGCAGUUAGCUUCAAAGUGCAGCCUAAAGCAGGACUGAAGUUGGUGUCGGAUGAUGGGCAGUUUGUGGAGGAGACGGUGGUCGAGGAUUCUUCAGAACCUCCCGUGAAGAAGCCACGAAUGGACAAUGUCGUUAUUGAGCCUACUGUACAUGAGUUCCUGUCUUCAAUCAAGGAAAUGUUUCGAACUUGAAUAUACUUUUUUAGACAAUAAUCGUAAAACGUUGUUAUUUCAUUUUUUAUUCAAGUUGGCAUUUAAUUUAUAUACGAUUCAUAAAUGGCCAUAAAUGGCUAUUAAUUUUUCAGAUUCAAAAUAAAAAGCAGUUGUACACAAUGA